UGGUGUGGCUCUUGCUUUGCUAGAUGUUGCCGCACAGACCACUAGCAGGAACAGGUGAAGAGGAGGGACCCCAGGGGUCCAUCAGGGUGAACGUGGAGUUACAGUACAAGCUGGGAGAGAAGACCGAGGCACGGCUGCAGGAGAAGGGGGCAUGGUCUAUCGAAGAGGUCACCAUUAGAGAGCAUUACUACGACACAGAGAGCUUCCACCUGGCUUCUCAGCAGACCUGGCUAAGCAAACAGGGCAGUCAGUGGAGAAUGAUCAUAGGUAACAAUCCAUACUCUUCCAACAAUAUGCCACCAGAGCCAGAGAGUCAGGCUGCUGGCUCUGGAUGUCCCUCUACAGUCUGUGGAGAGAAGCUAUGUGUGGAUAGAGAUGAAACAGAAGUGACAAAGGGCUGUGAGGACAACCCACUUUCUAUUCCAGAGAUAGGACAGAUCCAGAGCCAGCCCUGUCCUCCUGCACCCCAGUACAGGGAGCUGACUGGCCACACUCCCAUCAUCCAGCACCUGGCUCACUGCUUAGGGGUCCCAGUGAGAGAGCAGGAGAGCUGCAGCAGCACUGAGGCCAUGAAGGCCUUCCUGGAGCUGGCUGGGAUCCAGAGUUAUGGUAGCUGGACAAGUGCCAGGAGGCUGGAGUACAAGCUGCCUGGUGAUGACUGCACACUGGUGGUGCAGAAGAACCACAGCGUGGGAGGAUCUGCAAACAAUGAAACUGCACUGCUGUCCAUGAGGGCAGAUAUUUUACAUAUUGGCUAUGAACUGGAGAAGAUGGAAAAAGUGGCUGCAGAGCUUGACCUAAGGCCCUUAUCUCCCAACUGACCACUUUACAAGCUACUGUGUAUGGUUAUCUAAGCGUUUCAAACAAAAGUUAAUGGCAAGAGGACAACUGACCCAAAUUAUUAAAUGUUUAUCUAGGUUGGUGUCUAAUCUAUUUUACAGUUUAGGAGCGUUAUUUUUAUCGUAUGCAAGCCAUCAUGUGGAUGUUGUUAGUAGGCCCACCUACGAAUGAUAACAGGAUGCACAUGAUGAUCAACGUGUUGCAUGAUGCACUUGCUUUUGUGUUGCGCGAGAGAAAUCAUUAUCGCAAUGCCUGCGGAUAAAAGUCAGUAGCUAGGUUUACAUCCAAUUUGCUACAGAUUUUCAUAAGAAUAUUCUAAAAUCAACAUAAAAUUAAAUAUUUUCCCAAUAGAGAUGUUUCCAUCAAACUGACUUAUUGUGGACAAACGUCUGUGCGUGAUGACGUAGGGCACAUAAAAAUACCUUUUGAGGUUACAUUUCCUAUGUAGUAAUGAAAAAUAAAAGUUAAACGUGUUCCCAUCACAUUUUCAACAACUGAUGGGUUUUGUCACAAACUGUUGCGUUAUAUAGCAAACGUGCCCACUCUGGCCUUGGCACGUGCAGUCUAGCCAAAACCUCACAGCUACAGUACGGGUAGGUUACCUACAUUUAAAGGAGCAUCAAGCAUAUCAAGUGCACUUUCACAACCCUGUGAGUUUGUUAUGUUCUGUUAAUUACUGAUGUCGAUAUGGUUAUUUUAUAAAUAUGAGCAUAAAGUUGUUUCCACUGUCAUUUCUCGCAUAAUUCAUUUUACCGACACAAAAAGAUCCCACCAUGUCGA